AUGGAAAGCAGAGAAGGCCUGAACAAGGACGACAAACUUCAACUCACAGACCCAGAGGUCAUGUUUAUUCAGUUGCAUCAAAAGGCACUGUCCUUGGGCAUCAAACAACACCAGAUGGCACGACUUAAAUAUGUUCGUGACGUCACACAUGCAAAGUGGCACAGGGUGACUUCAGUUUUAAAGACUUCAUUUUUGUCUAUUCUGGGUUUAUUCUGUUUCAUCUCUAUAUCUUGGGCUCUGGAAUGGCCAGUGCCAAGGGAUAACCUGGCAAAGUUUGUGUGGCGACUAAAGGGUGAAAAUCCUGGCUAUUUUGAGUCGGAAAUUUGUCUACUCAAAGCUUCGCAAACAGCCCAAGAUCUCGCUCGGCCUCCAAUCUCGUGUGAAUUCUGCGAGGAUGUACAUGAAGUGCCCAGAGUUUCACAGAUUUCUCCUGACGAUUUCGAGAGGAAGUUUGCUUAUUCCGGACAUCCCGUCAUUGUGACUGAUGGAGCGUCUAACUGGACGGCCACAACAACUUUUAGCUUCGAUUUCUUUAGAGAUCUGUACCGACCCGGCAGUGCUGCCCUCAGAAAGGCAGAGUCCAGGUGCCAGUUCUUCCCGUACCAGACGGAGUUCCGGAGUCUGGGUCAUGUGUUCAAAAUGGAUCAAUCCAGGGCGGAGCUGAGUAGUGGGGCUAAGCCCUGGUACGUGGGAUGGAGCAACUGUGACGUCACUGCCGGUGAGAUAUUACGAAAGCACUACGGUCGACCUUACUUCCUUCCGGAAAAUGCCGAGUCGAGCCGAACGGACUGGCUGUUUAUGGGCAGCCCGGGAUACGGCGCUCACCUUCAUGUGGACAAUGUCCAUCUUCCGUCCUGGCAGGCACAGGUGGCCGGCCACAAGAGGUGGACACUACAGCCACCGCCGGAAUGCUACUUCCGGUGUAUCGCCAAGAUGGAGGUCACAGUUCGCCCAGGGGAAAUCAUCGUGGUGGACACGAACCGAUGGUACCACGCCACCCAGGUGACUGGACAAGACAUCAGCAUUACCAUUGGCUCGGAGUACGACUGA